AUGGCAUUUUUCAAAAACUUUCAACAAAAUCUGAGCCUUCCUUCUGUGUCUUCUUUGAUUGACGCUCUUAGUAAUGCUGUAGAUGAUCUGACCAGUGUUGUUGGAGAGGUCAGCUAUACUGUAGUUGAUUCAGUCACAGAGCAGGUAACAAGCAUGAUAAAUGGCCUUCGCACAGAAGAUCAAAACUCUAGAGUGCAAGAGGAUAAAUCUAUGCCUAUUAGAGAGGAAAAUACAACAUCAUUAGCAGAUUCUAAGGAAACUAAUAUGAAGGAAAAAAGAUGUGUUGAAGAUAAACAUAAGCAGACUCAUUAUUCUGAUUCAUCAGAUUCUUUAAAACAAGAGUUGAAUCAAGUUAGAAUGUCAGUUCGUGUCCAGGACAAAAGAAACAAUCAAUUAAAACGGGGAGAUGCUAACAAACAUUCUAAUAAUAUGGAAGCAUCUGAAGACAUGAAAAAAGUAGGAAGACAUGUUAAAAGCAAAGGAGCCACUGGAAAUAAAUACUUGGAAAAUGAAAAGUUUUCAAAGGAUAAUAAUUUGAAUAGUAACAAAUUUAUAACAGGUGAACCUAUUAUUGAAGACUCAGGCAAUGGAUUACAUGCAGUACUGGAGAAUUCUAAGGAUCAGUUGAAUAGAAAAGUCAAAUCCAGGUUUUCAGCGAUUGAUUUUCAGGACCCCAAAGAGCAACCCUGUACAGAUGGAUUCAAGGAUUCAGAAGCAAAAGCAAAUGACCUGCCAAAGCAGAGAUUACCAGAAUCAAAUUUUAAAAAGACACCGAGUGAUCAUCCUGAUUGUGUUAAUGAAGUAAAAGCAAAGAAAUUCAAAACUUUUUCAGAUGGUAAUGAACAAACCAUAGUGAAACGUGAAGAAAAUGCAACAACCACAUUUUCUAAAGGAGGUAAAAAGAGAAACGAUAAGAAAUCAGAAAAGAUUUCAAGAGAAGUAAGUAGCAAGAAGACACCAGAAAAAGACAACUCGUACAUGAAUAAAGACCAGCAUGGUUCUUCUUCUGAAAGUGAAGAUGAGGCAUUGGGUAAAUACCAUGAGGCCUUGUCCAGAACACAAAGUUCCAGGCCACCAGUGGUAGAUAGCAGACAGCAAAAAAAUUACAUUUGGGAAACUAGACAAAAAUAUAGCCCUCUGUCUGCAGAGUAUGAUGGGUACAGUAGUGAAGCCUCGAUAGAUGAAGCAAACUGUAUUCAAAGAAUGAGAAGAACACCUCCACUGGAUGAACUGCAGCCUCCACCAUAUCAGGAUGAUAGUGGUUCUCCUCACCUCUCUUGUACACCCUCUGAAGUUGAUGACAGUAAAUGUGAAUUUUCCCACUGUAGCAACAGUCCAAGAUGUUCAUACAAGUGCCAAAGUGAAGGAAGCACCGGACAUGAAAUAGAAAGCUUCCAUAACAAAGGAUAUGAAGAGGAUGUACCCAGUGAUAGUACUGCUGUCCUUAGCCCAGAGGAUAUGUCAGCUCGAGGAUCAUCUUCACAGCUUCCUAAACCUUUUGAUCCUGAGCCAGUAGCUAAAUAUGGCAGGCUGGAUGUGACUUUUGACUAUAAUUCACAAGAGCAGAAGCUUCUAGUAACAGUGACAGCUGUCACAGACAUCCCAACAUAUAACAGGACAGGCGGAAACUCAUGGCAAGUACAUCUAGUUCUCCUACCUAUAAAGAAACAGAGAGCAAAAACCAGCAUCCAGCGGGGACCAUGCCCUGUCUUCGCAGAGACAUUCAAAUUUAAUCACGUUGAAUCUGAGAUGAUUGGGAAUUAUGCAGUUCGGUUUAGACUGUAUGGUGUACGUCGCAUGAAAAAAGAGAGGAUUGUGGGGGAAAAGAUUUUUUACUUAACCAAAUUGAAUCUUCAAGGGAAGAUGUCAGUACCAGUGAUAAUGGAGCCUUCUUACAGUCUUUCUGGCUGUGACUCUCAAAUAAGCAUGUCAGAAAUGUCCUGCAGUGAAAGUACCUCCUCUUGUCACUCCCUGGUACAUGGCUCAGCUCCAGAAAUCCUCAUCGGCCUACUUUAUAAUGCCACAACUGGAAGACUAUCAGCAGAAGUGAUAAAAGGCAGCCACUUCAAAAAUUUGGCAGCAAACAGACCACCCAAUACAUAUGUUAAAUUAACACUGCUGAAUUCCAUGGGUCAGGAGAUGUCCAAGUGCAAGACAUCCAUCCGCCGAGGGCAGCCCAAUCCAGUAUACAAAGAAACCUUCAUUUUUCAAGUGGCACUAUUUCAGCUUUCAGAUGUGACGCUCAUACUGUCUGUGUAUAAUAAACGCAGCAUGAAACGAAAAGAGAUGAUAGGCUGGAUUUCUCUAGGUCUCAACAGCUCGGGAGAAGAGGAGCUAAUUCACUGGACUGAAAUGAAGGAAUCAAAAGGACAACAAAUCUGCAGAUGGCACUCAUUACUAGAGUCUUAACAGGUAGUACCAAGGGUCAGUUGUGGUUCCAGGGUGUUCCAUGUUUCACAAGACUGUCCCUUAGUCACCACCAGGAGAUUUGUUAUGGAAGUAACAAAUUCAACAUUCCACCUUAAAAAUGCAGUGUGUGAUGGAGCAGAACAUUUGACACAUUUUCUUCAAUUCAUUUGUCAGACACCUCACUAGUGUCAGAUUAAACCUUUCUGUACACAGAUGAGAUAGCAAUCGCUCCAUCCCCUUGAUGCAUUCAAUACUGUUUGGUUUGGGAUUAUUUUCUAUUUAGCAAUUCAAAUAUAUUUUAUGUGAAAAUCCCCAAAUUAUUAUAAAAUUCUCCUAUCAUGUUGGGGUUUUUAGUGCUCUUACAUUUUUAGUUUCUGACCUCCUGAUUAAGCGACACUGGCCUUUAAUACAAGAAACAAAUUAUUAAACUGUGAAACAAGAAAACCAAACAACAACAAAAAAUCACUACCACCUGGGAAUAAAGCUUAAUAUUGAAUAUAUUGUUAUUUUAGAUUGAUUUUGUUUUUUAGGCACUUAGUUGCAUUAACUUCAUUUCUGAUGUGAAAUUAGUCUGAAAAACUCUAGGACUCAGUAAAAUCAGGUGAACUUUGACAUAAAUGUUUCUUCAAUCUGUGACAGGAACAAGCUCCACAUUGUGCUUGUGCUUCUGCCUAACCCAAAGAGACCAGAUCACUGUUCUGGUCCCUUGCAAGUCUGUUUAGACAGGUUGUACUGUAAAACUAUGUAACUUUCUGUUGAAAGCACUUCCUGUAUUCAUGUAUUCCAAUAUAGGAAGCUCAUAGAGCACGAGUUUACUAAAAAUAUCUUUUCAUUAAACCAACUGAUAUGCAUUUCUUUAAAAUGUCAAUAUUGUGAAGAUUAUGUUGAAAGAUCAUAAAAGAAACAGUAGUAGUUAAACUGCUAAGGCAAAGGACCAAUUCUAUGACUUUGGGGAAAAGAAAGAUAUUUUUGUUUCCAUGGCUGGUCAUAUGAAUUACAGAGUUUCAAGAACCAUAAUUUCUAGUCUUGUUGCUGGAGGAGGAAUACAGGGGAUCUAGAAGAGAGUUAUUUCCUCUCUAUUUUCCAGGUGGCAGAGAGAAAUAGGGCUAACCCAUGAGUUGUCAGGGCUUGCAUGGAACAUUGAACUCCCAAAUGUAUGAGUCCCUUUGCUCUGCAUGUAUUUAAGGCUGGCACGGUUGGCUUCAUAGCAACGUCAUGGUAAAAAAAAAAAAAAGAAAAAAAAAAGCUGUAGCAUAAUGGACAAAUUUUCCCUUUGGAUAUAUACCCACAACUUCCACCGACAUCAGGGAAAUAUGUGUGUAUGUGUAGCUGAGGUUUGGACCUAAAUACCGUAAGUACAGUAGAGUCUCACUAAUUCACGCUGACCGCUAGAUCCAAUUCAGAUUACUAAAUACUGCGGAUGACUGAAUAAGUAAUGACACCAUUUUUUUAAAAAAAGUCAGGAUUCUCAAAACGGAUUUUUUUCUAUAUUACAAUAAUUUUCAUUUCAUCUUAAUUGCUGCUCUACAGUAUGUGAGCAAACAUACUGCAGUUUAUUUCUUAUUUCGUAAUGAAGUCCCCAGUGCAGUAUUCACUGAGAAGGAGAGUACGAUUGCUGUAUUAUUUUUGGUGAGAAUUACUGAUGAUGUAGAGAAUUUGGAUAAAGAAAGAAACUCUUUCUUGUUACCUCUGAACAGUUCAAGCUUUGGGAUACAAAGACAGUCAGGUACUGUGUGAUUGCAUACAGCAAGUGUAUAAUGUUAAAGAUACGUCAUGUGAUUCUCAGAUACUCACAAUACUUAAAUGAUUUCAUAACCCCUUUCCUAAGAAAUCUCCAGUUACAGUUUUCAACUGACAUUAUUUUGUGCCUUUCAUUUCACACUAGUUGAAGCUGCUAAUACAAACGGAUGGUUGUAUUUGCAGAACAGGGCCUUCAAUUUUUAUUGACUUAAGGAUUUCUCAGAACAUUGCCACAGAAAUUUUCUUUCCUGUCUUGCAUGUUGUUUUUUAUGUAAGGCACAAUAAACUUCAUUUUGGUAAUUCAAACAUCCAAGAACUUUGAUUAGCCAGAAACAUUGUAAGUAGCGGUACAGUAUAAAGUGUUCUUUCAAGUUCUGUUUGUUGCUCAGUUUGUGAGGUGCAACAUCAAACUCAUAAAUUUUUAAAUAAAUAUAUGUUAAUUUUAUGUGCAUAAGAAAAACCACCUCCAUUUCCCCAGCUCAUUUUGGUUUCACUUACAAUAGACACACUUGUUAUUUACUGAGUUACUACCAGGAAAAAAGUCAUAAGUAACCAAGGGUCAUAAACCACGUAUAUUUGUGGAUAUUUUGAGGCAGUCUCCUAAGAUCAAAUAUUGUCUGUCAAGGGUUGUCUCUUGUACAGGUUCACUGUAUAAAGUGAUGUACAGUAUUUCACAGUGACUACUGAACAAGGUAAUUCCAUUACAGAGCAUGGGGGAUAUCUCAGGUCACCCACAGACUAUAUUACAAAUUAAACUUGGUGAGUCUGUAACUUGGAAAAGGAACCCAAACUACACUAAAUGAUAGGAGCAAUCAAAUUCCUUUUGAAAUGUGAGAUUGUUUAGGAAUGACGUUUUCAUGUAUUAACAAU